AUGGUAGCAUCUCUUGAGACUAAAUUCUUAAAUCAAUGCUAUGAAAACCCGUUUAUGAAUGCUUCCGGGGUACACUGCCUGACGGUGGAAGAAUUGAACGAUUUGAAAGAUUCGCAAGCUGGAGGUUUCAUCACCAAAAGUGCAACUACUUUGGAAAGAGCGGGAAAUCCAGAACCUCGCUAUUUCGCUACAUCUCUAGGAAGUAUCAACUCGAUGGGGCUGCCGAACAAAGGCUUCGAAUACUAUCUUGAGUAUGUGACCAAUUACCAGGAAAAACAUCCAAAUGGGAAUGUGCCCUUCUUCUCCGUGGCAGGCAUGAGCUUGAAGGAAAAUAUCAAGCUUUUGAGUGCUAUCCAAGCCAGUGCUUUCGAGGGCGUCACAGAAUUAAACCUGUCAUGUCCUAACGUUCCAGGUAAACCUCAGGUCGGCUACGAUUUCGAGAUGACCGAGGAAACUCUAAACAGGGUUUUCCAAUUUUUCAAAAAGCCUCUGGGCGUCAAACUACCUCCUUACUUCGAUUUCGCCCAUUUCGACAUCAUGGCUAAUAUUCUGAACAAAUUUCCCUUGGCCUAUGUCAACUGCGUAAACAGCAUCGGAAACGGUCUUUACGUCGAUGUGGAAACGCAAAGCGUCGUUAUCAAACCUAAAAACGGGUUUGGUGGUAUCGGUGGUGAUUACAUCAAGCCUACCGCGUUGGCCAACGUCCGUGCAUUCUACACCCGUUUGAACCCCAGUAUCAAGGUGAUAGGAACUGGCGGAAUAAAAUCUGGUCAAGACGCUUUUGAGCAUUUACUAUGUGGCGCCACGAUGUUGCAAGUUGGGACAGCUUUAUAUGAAGAAGGAAUUUCCGUGUUCGAGCGCUUGGAAAUGGAGUUGAAAGAAAUAAUGGACAAGAAGGGCUACAAGUCUAUCGACGAGUUCCGCGGCAAGUUACAGAGUUUGUAG